AUGGUCGCGUACUAUAACAAUCCGGCGAACCGGUUCGUUACGAAUUGGUUCGGCCCGUUCACGAACCGCGGCCCCAAAAUCACGAUAGGAGAGAGAGAGAGAGAGAGAGAGAGAGAGAGAGAGAGAAAAAAAAAAAAACAACAACAACAACUACAACAACAACAACAACAACAACAACAACAACAACAACAACAACAACAACAACAACAACAACAACAACAACAACAACAACAACAACAACAACAACAACAACAACAACAACAACAACAACAACAACAACCCUCACUCUCUUUAUCCCAGCUCUGGCUGCAAUCCAGCUGA